UGGACUCGGAUUACAUUCAGAUUACAGAUGUUUCGUUAACACCGACAGCAGUCACCCUUAUUACAGAGGCUGCUGCGACGCAUCCUGUUUCCAAAAAAGGGGCGAGACGCAAAAGCUGCACCUCCACCAACGUGCUUGAAGUUGCGCGGGCACACGAGCGCACGCGCACAGUUGCCGGUAUAAAGCGGAGCAAACACGGAGGUCCUCAACAUGACACGGGGAAAUGAUAAGAGAGUGGAACUCUGCUCCAGGCUGGAGAAGCGCGCGCCGCGCGUCUUUACGCGCAGCAGCACCAUCAAGAUCCGUCCGGAGGACGCAGACGCAGCCGCGGGUGAUGCUGCUGAGCGCGUCAGUCAUGCUUCUCCUCCAGGCCUUCGCGGCUUCCGCGCAUCCGCAGUGCCUGGACUUCCAGCCGCCGUUCAAGCCGCAGUGGCACCUGGAGUUCUGCGGGCAGUACGAGCAGUUUGGAUGCUGCGACCAGGGAACCGACAACACGAUCGCAGAGAGAUACUGGAACAUCAUCGAGCUGCUGGAAGCAGCGGGACAGGACCUCUGCGAGGACCUCCUGAAGGAAGUCAUGUGUCAGGAGUGCUCCCCUUAUGCGGCCCACCUGUACGAUGCGGAGGACCCCCACACCCCUGUCAGAGAGCUGCCAGGUCUGUGCUUCGGCUACUGCUCCGAGUUCCAUGGCAAGUGUCGCCAUGUGCUGAAAUACUUGACUGGGAGUCGUGUGCUGCUGGACACGUCUGAGCGGGACGUGUCCACCUUCUGCAGCAUGAUUGACCUGCCCGACCAGGAUUACUGCUACCCCAAUGUUCUCAGCAGCCCUGACCUCAACAGCAACCUGGGGCAGGUGCUGGAGGACCCCCGGGGGUGUCUCCAGGUGUGUUUGACCGAGGUCGCCAACGGUCUGAGGAACCCGGUGCUGAUGCUGCACAGCGGGGACGACACACACCGGAUGUUCAUCGCAGAGCAGAUGGGCUUCGUGUGGGUUUACCUGCGGGACGGCAGCCGGCUGGAGCAGCCCUUCCUGGACCUGAGUGGGGAGGUGCUGACCACCCCCUGGCUGGGGGACGAGAGGGGCUUCCUGGGCAUGGCCUUCCACCCAAAGUACCGGGACAACGGACGCUUUUUCAUCUACUACUCCAUCCAGGUUCACAGCAAGGUGGAGAAGAUAAGAAUCAGCGAGAUGAAGGUGUCUGCCUCGGACAUGAACAUGGCCGACCCCUACUCAGAGAGAGUCAUUUUAGAAAUCGAUGAACCUGCUGCAAACCACAACGGGGGCCAGCUGCUGUUUGGUCGAGACGGAUAUUUGUACAUUUUCACUGGAGACGGAGGGAAGGCCGGGGAUCCGUUUGGGAAGUUCGGAAACUCACAGAACAAGAGUGCACUGUUGGGAAAAGUUCUCCGUGUGGAUGUGGACAGAAGAACCCCCGCUGGUAGGCGGUAUGAAAUCCCUCCUGACAACCCCUUCCUUGACGAUCCGACCGCCCGGCCAGAGGUGUUUGCUUUCGGGGUCCGGAACAUGUGGCGCUGUUCCGUGGACAGAGGGGAUCCAGUGAGCCGGUACGGCAGGGGUCGGAUCUUCUGCGGAGACGUCGGUCAAAACCGCUACGAGGAGAUCGAUAUCAUUGUAAAGGGGGGGAACUAUGGAUGGAGGGCCAAAGAGGGGUUUGAGUGCUAUGACAUCAAACUGUGCCAUAACUCCUCCUUGAAUGACAUCCCUCCUAUAUUUGCCUACAGUCAUCAUAUUGGGAAGUCUGUGACGGGAGGGUAUGUGUACAGAGGCUGUGAAUCUCCCAACCUCAAUGGCCUGUACAUUUUUGGGGACUUUAUGAGUGGGCGAAUCAUGGCACUGGAGGAAGAUAAACACUCUGGAACUUGGAGGGAGAGGAGGAUCUGUAUGGGCGACACCAUCACCUGCUCCUUUCCUGGACUCAUCAAUCACUACCACAAGUACAUCAUCUCCUUUGCUGAGGAUGAAGCAGGGGAGCUGUAUUUUUUGGCCACAUCGUACCCUAGCGCCAUGUCGCCCUCAGGGACUGUGUUCAAGUUUGUGGACCCCUCCAGGAGAGCCCCUCCAGGGAAAUGCAAGCAGAAGCCUCUGCCGGUGAAAGUGAGGGGCAAGAAGUUCCCUUUUUCCCCCAAGGAAGUGACUCUGUUGAAGACGGACGAGAAGCCCACACGACCCCCACCCAGACACUUCAAACUGACCACCAAACCCCCAGCGACACGGGGCCAGCUCAUACCGGCGCCCACGACGGGCGGCGCCACAACAGGGGCUGCCCAGCCUAGAAGCAAGGCACCGAAGGUGGAGGAGAAGAAGAAGAAGAAAGCAUCCAAACCGUGGAACAGGGACAAACUCCGAAACAAGAAACUCAAAAACCCACCGAGGAAGACAGACCCCAUGAAGAAGAGCUUUAAGGAACCCCUUCGGAUGGAUACUGGGGGGGUCAGAGCUACGAACCAAGCUGUUACACGCAGUUCAAACAGCACCAAAGGACCUAAAACUCAGACAAUACACUCCAAAGGUAAUAAGAAGAAGAAGGCGAAAACCAGUCAGAGGAAUAAUAAGGAAAAGACUGACGCUGUCGCCCCCCAAGAGAAAAACACGGAAAAGAUGAAGAAAAAUAAACCAGCUCAAGAAAAAAUCCAGAAAACUAGAGGAACUCUUUAACCUUCAUCUUUCUGAUUCCAGAGAAACUGAACUUUAUCUGUCUUAAAGUCAGCGGGCAGAACCAGCCCCCCCGAUGCCUGGUUCCAAAUUCAGCACAUUGAUCUCCUCAUCAGAUUUCAGCUGCAGGAAAAAAAAAGAAUCUUUCUGGGCAUCUCCCGAAAUACUGAGCUGGUCUUCUAUAAAACAAAGCAUGCAUGUGCUGCAUGCACUUAUGCAUUUAAUUACACACUUUCCUGUGAGCUUAUUCCUGUCAUAAAGUCAUUUGCUGCAUGUCUGUAUUUAGCCGUGAGGUCUAUCUUUGCUCACAAAGCCCUCGAGAUGUUGAGCUGCUCUAAUUUUACACUCCAUCAAAGUGUUCAAAAUAAACAUCCAAACUGUCUGAGCGCCUCUGUAAUUACGCAGCCCCGACCAUAGCCCUCC